AUGAUGUCUAACACAAAGUACCUAUUAUUCUACGGACCAACUAGUACUAUCCUUGGAACCUUCCCACUCCAUGCCGUGCUUUCGUUGCUUCACUGUGCCUUGGAUGCCGUCAUACCGACGACGCUGAUGUUCUCCCCUCCCCUUCCCUUCCUGAAAGGGGGAAUUUCCGGUGCGGAUCCCACCCCCACCCUUGACGUUACUGGGUUGCUGGUCUUGAUUUUUUUCCCCUGCGAAAUUCACCCAGGGGAUGCGUGUGACGUCAUGACUUGUGGUGGCCCCCCCUGGUUCCUUGUGGCUGGAUGGGGGUUAGUGUUAGGGUUGAGUGGUGCUGGAUUGGGAAGGGGUCAGCUGAAUAUGGAUGUUUUGAAGGGAAGUAUGGAUUACUUGCUUGAUGCUGUCUACUUGACUGUCUAA